AUGGGCCAGAAGAACCUAACAACGCCACCUGUCUUCAUCCUGCUGGGACUCACAAGGUUCCCAGAGCUGCAGCUCCCCCUUUUUGGUGUCUUUCUUUCCAUCUAUGGAAUCACAGCGGUGGGCAACCUGGGCAUGAUCGCUCUGACCCAGCUGGACUCCCAUCUGCACACACCGAUGUAUUUUUUUAUCAGACACCUGGCUUUCAUUGAUCUUGGCAAUGCUACUGUCAUUUGUCCCAAGAUGCUGAUCAAUUUUGUUGUGGAUCAAAAUACCAUUUCCUAUCAUGCGUGUGCCACACAGUUGGGCUUCUUGCUCAUGUUCAUCAUCAGUGAAUUUUUCAUCUUGUCAGCCAUGGCCUACGACCGCUAUGUGGCCAUCUGUCACCCUCUGCUCUACAGCGUCAUCAUGUCCCAGAGACGCUGUCGUGUGCUGGUGGGCGUUCCGUACCUCUACAGCACCUCUCUGUCUCUGAUGUUCACCAUUAAGAUCUUUACACUGCACUUCUGUGGCUCUAAUGUCAUCAGUCAUUUCUAUUGUGAUGAUGUCCCCUUAUUACCCAUGCUCUGCUCCAACCCACAGGAAAUACAAUUGUUGAUCAUAUUCUUUUCAGCAUUCAACUUGAUCUCUUCCCUCCUGGUUGUUCUCUUAUCCUACGUGCUGAUUCUCUUAGCCAUAUGUCGGAUGCGUUCUGCCGAGGGAAGGAAGAAAGCUUUCUCCACGUGCGGCUCCCACCUGACAGUGGUGGUGGUCUUCUACGGGUCUCUACUCUUUAUGUACUUGCAACCUGAAUCUGCUCACUCCUUUGAGACUGAUAAAAUUGCCUCUGUCUUCUACACUUUAGUGAUCCCCAUGCUGAACCCCUUGAUCUACAGCUUUAGGAACAAAGAGGUAAAAAAUGCCUUCCACAGGGUCUUCAAGAAUCAGUGCAAGCUUUUUAAUGAAUAA